AUGACCGACAAGAUCACGGUGGAUGUGGACCCGGAUUUGCAUGUAAUAAGAGAUGAAUACAGUCCUGAAGAUUGGCAAUCCGAGACCACUUCUAUCGGUUCAUCUAUAUACAGGGGUCUUAUGGAGAAUGGCCGAAGAUACCAGUCCCUGAAGUCUGACGAGUAUUGCUUUCCUGCCGAUGAGAGACAGUUCGAAACCUACGAUGCAGCACAUCUUGCAGCUAUAAUCGUGGAUUCUGAUGAGGAAAACCUACUAUUUCAGUCUCCAUUGGCCCCUAAAAACGUUCUUGAUAUUGGAACGGGAAAGGGGUCAUGGGCUAUUGAUGUUGCCGAUAUGUUUCCUAAUGCCGCUGUCCGUGGUGUGGACCUUUUCCCACCGCCAGUCAGCUGGAUGCCACCCAACUGUGUUCUCGAGGUGGAUGACGUUUUACAGGAGUGGACCUGGCGUGAAAAAUUCGAUUUGAUCCAUCUCCGCAUCAUGGCAAGUGCCUUUACUCCUUCGGAGAUGGAGAAAUUGAUGAAGCAAAUCUACGACUGCCUAGAGCCGGGUGGAUGGAUUGAACAGAUGGAAAUUCACCCUACAAUCUAUUGUGAUGACGAUAGCAUUCCGCAUGAUAAUGUGCUAUUCGAUAUCGGACCAAGGUUCGAUGCUGCCGCUAAUAAGUCUGGAAAACCUAUGGACCUUAUCAAAACAAUGCGCGCUACGAUUGAGAGAGCUGGCUUCGUUGAUGUUCACGAAAAGAACGUGAAGUGGCCAAUUGGGCCAUGGCCUAGAGACAAAACAUUGAAAGAACUUGGGUCGGUCAACCUCCAUCAUUGGCUGACUGGUAUGGAGGGAUACACAAUGUAUCUAAUGACUAAAUUUGGGAGUCCCACCCCAUGGUCGCCAGAGGAGGUACAGGUCUACAACGCUAGGAUGAGAAAGGAAUUGAUGAAUCCUCGUCACCACUCCUAUCAACGCGCGAAGAGAGUCUGGGCUAGGAAGCCAUUUGCAGACGAAAAUACCGAGCACAGAGUGAAUUGA